UUCUGUUUCAGUGACAUCCCAGAGACCGUGCCUUUGUCAGCUGUCAACAGACAGUGUUCGUCAGGGCUCCAGGCGGUGGCCAGCAUAGCUGGUGGCAUCAGAAAUGGGUCUUAUGACAUUGGCAUGGCUUGUGGGGUGGAGUCCAUGUCCCUGGCCGACAGAGGGAACCCUGGAAAUGUUACCUCUCGCUUGGUGGAGAAGGAGAAGGCCAGAGGUUGCCUGAUUCCUAUGGGGAUAACCUCAGAGAACGUAGCCGAGCGGUUUGGCAUUUCGCGGGAGAAGCAGGAUACCUUUGCACUGGCUUCCCAGCAAAAGGCAGCCAGAGCCCAGAGCAAGGGCUAUUUCCAAGCCGAGAUUGUGCCUGUGACCACCACGGUCCGUGAUGACAAGGGCACUGAGAGAAGUGUCACCGUGGCCCACGAUGAGGGCAUCCGCCCCGACACCACCCUGGAGGGCCUGGCCAAACUGAAGCCUGCCUUUAAGAAGGGGGGCUCUACCACAGCUGGAAACUCUAGCCAGGUGAGUGACGGGGCAGCUGCCAUCCUGCUGGCCAGGAGGUCCAAGGCAGAAGAGUUGGGCCUUCCCAUCCUUGGGGUCCUGAGGUCCUACGCAGUGGUUGGGGUCCCGCCUGACAUCAUGGGCGUUGGACCUGCCUACGCCAUCCCUGUAGCUUUGCAAAAAGCAGGGUUGACGGUGGAGGACGUGGACAUCUUUGAGAUCAAUGAGGCCUUCGCAAGUCAGGCCGUCUACUGUGUGGAGAAGCUGCAACUGCCCCCUGAGAAGGUGAACCCUCUUGGGGGUGCGGUGGCCUUGGGCCACCCGCUGGGCUGCACGGGGGCACGACAGGUCAUCACGCUGCUCAACGAGCUGAAGCGCCGUGGGAGGCGGGCGUAUGGGGUGGUGUCCAUGUGUAUCGGGACCGGCAUGGGAGCUGCCGCCGUCUUCGAGUACCCUGGAAACUGAAGGAGGCCCAGCCCGGUGCUCUGGCAGCAGUGCUACAGACGUGACACCUGCGGAGUUCCAGCACCGGUGGUAGUGGCAAAUCAAGGCACUUCAGCUAAGCUGGCAAAUGUGAACACUGAUGAGACAGUACAGGAGUGGGUGAGGUAUCGGGCUGCCAUCUGUUGGGUCCCUCUAGCUGAGACAGGCAAAGUUGGCCUGGGUCACCCAGCCUGCAAGGCCACCGUGUGAUUCCUGGGGGAAGGGGCCUGUGGAUGCAGAGUGCAGUAAACAUCGUAAAUGCA